AUGUUGACUCGCUUUCGAGCGUCGAGGCAGCAGCGUGCCAUGUCGCUUCGACUCGGAUCCAGUCCCAGUGAAAGCCAGAAGAGUUUGCUCAAGCCCGCCGCAACCGAGUCGGGAGCGCCGUCGGCAGCUGCAACUUCGGCGCCAAGUUCGCCGUCGACUACUCAUCCCGAACGCCAAGUCUCGACGUUAAGAACUCGCAUACCCAGCCACGAUGCCACGACUCUUCCUGGCUUCAAGCGGUCCCACCCACCUUCUGGUCUGAUUUCGAAACCGCCUAUCCCUACAAAGUCCUCGGCACGCCGAGCACCGAAUUUGCACCGCCGAUUGUCGUUAAAGGCCACCGUCGGUUCGCUGCUGCCCAACCCCGGAAGUCGUCGCGAGUCCGUCCGGCUACAAAGGGGUUCCGCCACUCCGUCCUGCUCUACCACCACCCGCAAUACGAGCUGCAAUGUCGGAAAACCAGCUCAGAUGGUCUUUGCGGUCCUCACCGGCAUCCCUCCCGCGACACCACCUUCGACCGCCCCAGAAAUGUCCUCGCUCAAGGCCCGCACCGCCCUCUCGUUCGGCAAGGUCCGUGCAUUGUCGACUUCGAAGGCCGACAAAGCGGUCGCGGGGGUCCGCUCCCAAGGUCUUAUUACUCCUUCAGCUCCCUUAGAGCCCGUGAUCAACAACCAGAACGUUCAGGGCAGUACCGCCACCGUCCCUGCCGUCUCGUCCAAGUCAAUCGUCAAACUCAAGAAGCAACUGCUCGAUCCGCAGCAGGCUCGCAAAAUCGUUUUGGACCUCAAGAGAAUGGAGCUUCCCCCCAGCCUUACGGCGGCAGGAAUCGAUGCAACUGCGAAUAAUCAGCUACCCCGCUGUACUCACUUGCCCUCGACCAGAGGCUACGCCUUGGCACCCCUGACCAUCUCCACGACAGGUGGCGCCGCAUCCAACACAGCUGGCACUGCAACCGCGUCCUCCACGGCCAACGCUAGUACUUCGGACUCGCCCAUCCCCUCUCCAGGAUCACCUUCCUCGACUCCUUACUUGGUCAUCCCUAACCCGUCUACAGUCGCCAAGGAACUAACUCAGAUCGCCGGUCCAGGGGCCAUCGAGGCGGCCAAGGACGGAGCGUAUGAACUUCUCGCCGAUAUUUCGGGGGCGAUGGUUCGUCGAUCGGGAGCUCAGAAUGGUAUGAAAGCCUCGUUCGAAGGAAUGAGUUUCUUUAUCUACUAGUAAGUUCGUUCCGCCACCCGAAUGUCGGAAGAUGUUCUAGUUGCACCGAUUGACGCUCGGCGGCUUGUUCUCAGUUGGGGUUUCGAGAUCACGCUUCCUCCCCCGACUAUGCUCUCGUUGUCCCAGUUCCGCAACUUUCAAAACACCCUAUUUGCGGUGCUACAAGCGUUCGUCAUUGCAGGUGGUACGCGGAAUCGGUAUUCUGGAAGAAAAUGUGGUAUUCAAGACUGCUGACUUUAUGUCUCACAGGUGCGCCGGAGCUCGCCCCUUUCAUCCGCUACAUCUCGAUGUACAUGGACACGGAGUGGGAUGGCAUUGCGAGACAAGACAAAGGUAAGUUAUUACGAAUUGAGAUUUCGAGGACCUUUUUGGGAGAGACAUACUGAGCCGCUGACCUUUUCUCGAACAGGGAAUGGAGUCGUUCUUGCCGCCACUUGGUGAGUGAAAUCCGAACAGCUCCGCUUACGCCAGGCACGAAGGGCGCUCGCUCACUGUCAGUCGGCCGGGAGCGAUUUCAUCCAGGUUGUUGCCGAUCGCACUCGUCCCCCGACGUAAGUGCAACAGUAUCACUCAAACUACCCAUGUGUCUGACUUUCCUCUCGCUUAUUCACAGCCUGGGACUUCCCCUUACCUUCCGACGACGAUCCGGCCCCUGCGGCGAAUACUCCAGUUGUCGAGUCCGUGACCCAGAACGAGCCUAUGGCACCCGUUCCUGCUUCGGUCAAAUCAAGUCCCGUAGCCGCGGCUUGA